AUGCAGUCUUCAUCAUUAGCAAUUGUGAAGUUUUUGGUUAAAUAUUGCGGUGCUGACUUAAGUUGUAAAGAUGAGUCGGGCAAAACUGCUUUACAUCAUGCUGUUGAUGUUGGUAGCCCGGAAAUAUUGAAAUAUCUUGUUGAACAUGGCGCUGAUACAAAUGGCAAGGAUAUUCGCGGAUGGACAGUGCUCCACAAUGCUGUUAAAAACGGUAAGCUAGAAAUGGUGAAAUAUCUUGUUGAACACGGUGCUGAUGUAAAUGGAAAGAAUACUGACGAGUGGUCAGUGCUGCAAGCUGCUGCUAGUAACGGUACGCUAGAAAUGGUGAAAUAUCUUUUUGAACAUGGCGCUGAUGUAAAUGACAAGGAUAAACAAGGGAGGACAGUCUUGCAUGCUGCUGUUAAUGCUGGCGGGUUAGAAAUUGUCAAGUAUUUAGUUGACCGGGGUGCGGACAUAACUCUGAAAAGUGAAAUCAGUGUUCAUACUCUUGGCAUUGACAUAAUGAAGAUGGCUGUUGAGAAAAAUUCAGUUGCUUUGGUCAAUCUUUUGUUGGAAAAGAACAUUGCUGUGUGGAGAGCUGGAACAUUUCUUGUUGAAGGAAGACAAAUAAGUCUUCUUGAAUUGAGUAUUCACCUUGGUCAUGAUGAAAUUAUAACAAUUCUCAAAAGAUCCGUAAAACAUCGUGAGAAGAUUCAGAUGUUGAAAACACUAGAUUGCAACCAGUUAAAAGAGACUGAAACACCGAUGCCGGCUUUUAUCGCAAAGAAUCAAUUCAAAAUUGGUGCUGGUGGUUUUUCUUGUGUCUAUGUUGGUCUCAUGAAGAAUGGAAGUGAAGUCGCUGUUAAGAGAAUUUUGGUACAAAGUGAGGAUAAAACAGUUGAAAACGAAAAGAAAAUCAUGAAUCUCAUUGAAACAAACUCUCCAUUUAUAGUGAAAUAUCGACAUUUUCACCGUGACGAUACCUUCAUAUAUCUUAUUGUUGAUCUUUGCGAAGAAACUUUGAGGGAACUUGUUCAAGCAUGCAGUAUUGAACAUCUACAAGAGCAAGGUCCACGAAUGAUUUGGGAAAUUCUAUCAGGACUUGAAUUUCUUUAUGGUAAAGGAAUAUUGCACAGAGAUCUAAAACCAUCAAACGUCCUGGUUGAUAUCGAAGGCCGCAUGAAAUUGGCAGAUUUUGGAAUAAGCCGCGUUCUAAAAGACGAUGAAACGACAGUUGAAACAGAUGCAAAAGGUACUUUGGGAUGGAUGCCACCGGAAGUAAUUAAGGCAAUAGUUAAAAAAGGAAAGGGUCGUUUUAAAAAGAAAUCAGAUGUCCAUGUCGCGGGUAUGAUUGCUUUUUACGUGUUAACCAAAGGUGAACACCCUUUUGGAUCUACAUUAGAUCGAAUGAAAAAUAUUUUAGAAGAUAAUCCUGUCAAUUUGGAGAAACUUGGUGACCCCGAAGCUCGUAGGUUUGUGUCGUGGCUGAUUAGUCACAAGAUUGAUGAUAGACCUUAUGCUCAGGAAGCAUUGGGGGAUUCCUUAUUUAGCAACACCACAGCGAGCAAGUAUAGACAACCAAGCACGACGUUUGUUUGAAAUGACGAAUCCUUUCUAGUCCAAGUUUGUCCUUGAAGGAAAAAUUUCUAACGAGUGCGACAGAACUAGUUGUAUAACAAGUAGUAUCAGGUGACAUUAUAAAGCAAAACUGAACGCUGCGUUAAUUUGUAUUUCGUAGACGGUCGGUGGCAACUUUGAUAAUCGCUAGCAUCAGACGUCGCCGUUUAAAAUAAAUCGCGAGACUUUCGUCAAAAAUCGAUAACAUGUUGAAUACUGUUGUUUAAGGUAUUUUGAUAAUUUGCGAGCUUGUUUUAUCCAGGUGAUUCUCGAUCCUAUGUCAAUAAGGGUAACAAUAGUAAUAGUUUAGCAGAAUGUGCUGUAGUUCUUAUCUAUAAAUUGAAAUUA